AUGACGGUGAAACGACGCAACCAUGGUCGCGGAAAGAAAGGUCGAGGACACGUGAGCUUCGUUCGAUGCACAAACUGUGGCCGAUGCUGCCCCAAGGACAAAGCAAUUCGCAAGACUGUCGUGCGCAACAUCGUCGAAGCCGCAGCCGUCAGGGAUCUUUCCGAAGCAUCAGUAUAUGAUAGCAUACGCACUUCCGAAGCUCUACCACAAGUUGCUCUACUGUAUCGCGUGUGCAAUCCACAGCAAAGUGGUGAGGAAUCGUUCCCGAGAGGCUCGCAAGAAUCG